GCCAACACGGUGAGUAUUUUUUUUAAUAAUUAGAGAAAACACAGGGUGCUGAAUGCAAUUAACCCUUGACUAAAAAAUUCUUAAGAUUGUUUUUUUCAUCAAAUUAUAGGAUAUCUUGGCAGGCGGGACCGACACUACCAGUACGACAAUCGAAUGGGCAAUGGCCGAGCUAAUGAACAAUCCAGAUGUAAUGAUGAAAGCGCAAAAAGAAUUAUCCGAUGUCGUUGGAUUAAACACCAUGAUUGAAGAGUCCCACACGCCAAAAUUGAAAUACGUGGAAGCAGUUGUGAAAGAAACAUUGCGUUUACAUCCGGCGGUACCUCUACUUGUUCCAAGGUCUCCAGCACAAUCUUCGACUGUCGGGGGAUACACUAUCCCGGAAAAUUCAAAGAUAUUUAUAAAUGUAUGGUCGAUUCAAAGAGAUCCUUCGAUUUGGGAUAAUCCAUUGGAAUUUAGGCCGGAGAGAUUCCUUGAUGAUGAUGAUGAGAAUAACGAGAGAUGCGAUUUUAAAGGUAACUAUUUUCAUUAUCUUCCGUUUGGAUCCGGAAGAAGGGUGUGUGCCGGUGUUCCGCUUGCGGAGAGAAUGUUGACUUAUUUGCUGGCUUCGCUUUUGCAUUCUUUCGACUGGAAAUUACCGCUAGGGGAAAAAAUUGAUAUGUCGGAGACAUUUGUGAUAGCGUUGAGGAGAACUAAACCAUUGUUUGGUAUUCCUAGUCCGAGGCUAGUUAAUUCAAACUUAUACAUGUAAUUCCAUGUAGUGGCGGAAACAAGAUUUUAUGUUUCUCAUGAUUUUGUGUUUAGAUUUCAAUAAUUUUCAUAAGAAAAAUAAAUUGAGUGGGAGGCUUAUUCAACUCUUGCAAACAUCUGUAUAGUUGUGAUUCUUUUACCAUAAACACUGUUAAAAGUACUUUUACCAUAAACAUUGUUAAAAGAUGUAAUAAUAAUUAUUAAGGCUCUAGAAAAAAUAUGUCAUGUAGUGUUGGACGUAAAAAAAUGUAAUGCAUGAAUUUUGAGAAUUAGAUCUAUCUGAAGCAUUUAAAAUCGAAAAUUUUUGGAUUGAAGAUGAAAUUAUAAAAUUUCAGAAAUUUAAAAAGUUUAUAAAUAUUAGGGUUAAAUACAACUUGCGCUCCUGUACUAUAUCACCAGUGUCGCGUAUACUCCAUGUACUACAAAAUGCGACAAAGUGGCCCCUCAUAUUACCAGUCAAUUCUCACAUCUUUAACACCGUUAGUUUCUAUAGCAAAGUUUUUUUUUACCCUUACCCAUUUUCUAACUUUAUAACUUGGCCAAUUUUUUGAACGCGUAGAACAUAACUUCCCCUUUCGUCUUCUCCACUACGAUUGAACAUACCAUAGACAUUUUUGAAGCAAUUUGAAGAGAAGUUGGAAUAGAUAAAUGUAAGUUCUCAAAUUAUCGCUUAUUUUUUGGUUCAACCACAGCUUACGCUUUUCGAUUAAGUAGUCAUUAAAGGAUAUUGAAUUAACAUAACAAUAAUUGAUUUUUUUUGUCAAGCGUGAGGGCUGCGGAUUUAGUUGGUGUAUAUCAACCCUCGGAAAACGGAAAAUCUCAGAGGAUUAAUAAUGAAGAUCGCCUUAUAACUUCUACAAGACUCGAGGCCGAAGAAGCUAGAGGUGUAUUGUACUGUGACAUUGGUACCGAUGAAAUUGAUAAGAAAAAUCGAGUUAGUGCCGCAGUUGAAAAGCCUUGAAAAAGGGUUUGAUUUUUAUCGAACCUUGUGUUUCGUAAAUUUUAAUAAUAAUAAUAAUGUAGUAUGCAGCAUACUAUGUUUCUGUAGAUGAGAAAACAUUAUAUUCUUGUUUUGGAGCCACAAUGUAUAUACAUAUAUUUGUAUUUCUCAGCUAUUAUUAUUAAUUUUUUUUAUAUAAGUUGUUAAUUCAUUCCAGAAUCAACGUUUAGCUUAAUUUUAUUAAAAAUUUACAGUUCAGGAGAGGAGCAAAAGAUAAAAUCAAUUUAGCUUUAACAGAGAGAAAAAAAAAAGAAUUUAGUCCCACAUCGGAAGUUUACUAGUUUUGAUAACUAUUUAUUAACAAAAAAAGGCAUUGUUGUUCGUCUAGC